AUGGACAUCGACAAGCCCCUCGACGACAUGAUCCAAGCGACCCGCAAGCCCCGCGGCAGCGGUGGUGGCGGUGCCGACCGCAAGCCUCGUCCAAACCGCGAGAGGCGCGAGCGCGACUCGGCUCCUUACGCGCGUCCACCCGCACGUUCCACUGAGGACAAGUGGGUUCACGACGCGUACGAGGGUCCCGCGCGCGGUGAGCGGGGUGAACGCCGGGGUGGGCGCCGUGAGCGCGAUGCCGCGCCGGUAUAUGUCUCGGCUUCGCCGCGUAUCGAGGUCUCGGGUGUCCACUACGAGGUCACCACCGACGAGCUCAAGGACAUCUUUUCCCAGGCGGGCACAAUUGUGCAGGGCCCAACCAUCCGUUAUGACCGUUCGGGCCGUUCCACUGGUAUCGCAGUGGUCGAGUACGCGUCUGCCCAGCAAGCCAAGGUUGCGAUCAACAAGUUCGACGGUGCCAUGACCAAGGGCCAGACGAUCGCCAUCAAGCUCAUUGCUCCGGCGCGCGCAAAGGAGGACAAGGCCGCUUCGGGUUCCGGCUCGCUCCUUAACCGUCUUGGCGGCGGCUCCGACCUCGCAGGCCGUAUCGGCCGGGGUGACCGUGAGCGCGCACCUCGUGGAGGCCGCGGAGACCGUGACCGCGGAGACCGUGACCGCGGAGACCGUGAUGGUGCCCGCGAGCGGGGAGACAGGGAGCACGGCGAGCGCGGAGAGCGCCGUGGUGGCAGGGGAGGUGCCUCGCGUGGUGGCCGCGGCGGCAACACUGGCGCACCCCGUGGUGGCAAGCGUGGCCCUGCGAACGCCGACGACCUCGACAAGGAGCUCGAUGGCUUCAUGAAGCCCGACGCGGCCGGCGACGUCGCCAUGGCGUAA